AUGGUAGCUUAUUCUUUCAAUUUGUUCCUAGUGUUAGAUGUGCAUUUUAUUCCUUCUCUGCUUGUUUUCACUCUCUACAUUUCAUUCUCCCACAUAGAUUUCUGUUUCUCUCUCUGCAUCACAUUUCCUCUCCUCAUAUCUUCCUUCCUUCCAUUUUCACUCUCUUCAUUCUUUCCUCUUGUUUAUUAUAUUCUAUGGGAAUCAUUCUCUCUAAUCUUGUUUUCUCUUUCUCUAUAUCUCAGUCUCUCUCCUUUUCUUUCUGCAUUUUAUUCUCUCAACUCAUGUUUUUCCUUUCUCUCUGUAUCCUAUUCCCUCUCCCCUUGUUUUCCUUCCUCCUUCCAUCUGUCUGUCUCAUUCCCUCAACUCAUGUUUUCCCUCACUCUCUGUGUCUCAUCCCCUCAUCACUUGUUUACCCUAUCUCUAUCUCUCACUGACUCAUUCCCUUUCAUAAUCUCUUCUUUCUGUAACAUUUCUUCCCUUUUUCUCAAUGAUUCUUUCUUUCUCCUCUUCCCAACCUCUAUGCAUCUUAUAUCCUCUUUUUUUUCUUCCCUUUCUGAUUCUCAUUCUCUUUUUCAUUUCCUUUUCUCUCUUCUCUUUCCCUUUUUUCUUUUCUUCAUUUUUCAAAUGAUCUCUUAUUUCUUCUCAAGCUCACACAUUUUUUUUGUGUUUUUUUUAUUGAUACAUUAG